AGCUGAGCGACGAAAGUUCCUUGUCUUUGACCAGAGACCAACGCGCAGACGGGCGGACGAUAACAGCAUCCACUGCUGUUAUUAAGCCUUUACACCUAAAUGAACUUUUGUCAAAGAAAGCCCUGAUCAUGCCCACUGCUUUUGCAGGGCAAAGAUAUUGAUCGGCGUUUUCAAAUACAUAUUUUUUUUCUUAUGAGAUUAUUUUUUAAUAUACUUUCAUUUUUCGGUAGGCUACCUGUGUUUUUUUUACACCAUGGUGCUAGGAAAGGUGAAGAGCUUCACAGUCAGCUACGACUGUCUCAAUGACAGUAAUGUCCCCGUUUUCGCAAGUGGGGACUCGGUCUCAGGGAGGGUGAUCAUCGAAGUCACUGGAGAAAUCCGUGUGAAAUCUCUUAAAAUUCAUGCAAAAGGAUUUGCGAAAGUUCGUUGGACUGAAUCGCGAAAUGCUGGCUCCAACACCGCCUAUACGCAAAAUUACACUGAAGAAGUAGAAUAUCUAAACCAUAGAGACAUCCUAAUUGGACAUGAAAGAGGUCUGGCAUACGUGUUGGAAUAUUGUCCCUCUCUUGUUUCAGAUGAUGACAACUCAGAAGAAGGACUCACCACUAUCCAUUCAGGAAGACAUGAGUAUGCAUUCAGCCUUGAGCUUCCACAGAUACCCCUGGCUACCUCGUUCGAAGGGAAACAUGGCAGUGUGCGCUACUGGGUGAAGGCCGAGCUACACAGGCCAUGGCUUCUGCCCAUGAAGACCAAGAAAGAAUUCACAGUCUUCGAACACAUCGACAUCAACACUCCCCUACUGUUGUCGCCCCAGGCAGGCACAAAAGACAAGACUUUAUGCUGCUGGUUCUGCACCUCAGGUCCAAUCUCCUUAAGUGCCAAAAUUGAAAGGAAGGGAUAUACCCCAGGAGAGUCUAUUCAGAUCUUCGCUGAGAUUGAGAAUUGCUCGUCUCGCAUGGUCGUGCCAAAGGCAGCCAUUUACCAAACACAGACCUUCUACGCCAAAGGGAAAAUGAAGGAGGUAAAACAGCUGGUGGCCAACCUCAGAGGAGAGUCGUUGUCCUCGGGCAAGACGGAGACAUGGAAUGGCAAAAUGCUGAAGAUCCCCCCCAUCUCUCCCUCCAUCUUGGACUGCAGCAUCAUCCGAGUGGAGUAUUCUCUCAUGGUGUACGUGGACAUCCCCGGAGCUAUGAACCUGUCUCUGAACCUGCCACUGGUCAUCGGCACGAUCCCGCUGCACCCCUUCGGCAGCCGCACCUCCAGUGUCAGCAGCCAGUGCAGCAUGACCAUGAGCUGGCUAGGCAUGGCCCUGCCAGAGCGCCCUGAAGCCCCACCAAGCUAUUCAGAGAUCGUGACAGAGGAGCAGAGACGGAGCCUGGAGGUGACCUCAGCCAGGGAUGAGUUCGAGGGACCACUCUUUGCCUACAUCCAGGAGUUCCGCUUCCAGCCUCCUCCGCUCUACUCUGAGAUUGAUCCCAAUCCCGAUCAAGCCAGCCGGACGGAGGAGCGGAGACCUGACACUUGUCCAUCACGUUGAAGGAAACACAGAGCCCCCGCCCGGAGACGUUUUGGGCGUUUCUAAGUCAACUCUGUUUUUGUAUUUUUCUUCCCCCCGGUGACAGCGUUCGCACUCCGCCCGCGAUGUCGAGAGGAGAGAAAAAACAAACAAACAAAUACCACAGGGGAACAAAGCCCUGCCCCCUCCCACAGAGAAAGGCACAGGAAGUCUGCCUUCCUGCCUGGCCCGGGGAAAGGCCGGUCGAACAUCCACCUAACCUGUGAGGGGGGAGAAGAAGAAAAAAUCUUUAGUGGAGACAGCCUUGGUGGAGUGAGUGAUGACACGCCAGGGCCAUCUCUGCCUAUGGCUCUUAAUCGACCUCAUCUUUUCUGUAACCACUGCACUUGUGGACAUGGCUUUCACAUAGAGCAGAACUGUCAUGUCGAGACCUGAGCAGGAAAAAAAGACAAACAGGAAGAAGAGAAUACAAUAUAACCACCACUGUCUGAAGCGCUCAGCGGCAGUCGGCAACGGAGCAAAGACUGGCCUCCUCCUGCCUCAUUUGGGAUUUUUGCACAUGUUAUUCUUUGCUUGAGUUGUGUGGCUCCAUUUUAAGAAGAAGAAAAUCAGCACUAAUUGCUUUUCUUCUGCCUAGUAAUAAUGCUGGACUAAAGAGACUGCAGGCUUAACUCAUAAACUCCUUAUCCGCACAACUUCGAACAACGCAGAGAACAUAUUUGGACAAAAACAAUGCACUGACCUUGUUUAAGCUGUUUUAAGAUGUUAUUUUUCCUUACUACAUUUCCUUAAUGACUUGUAGACUGGACUUGAAUGCAGCAGAACACUCUCCAUCCAAAAGCUCUUUUUCGAUAUUGCCUCCUGAGUUUGGUUCAAAGUGUGGCAUCCUUUUUUCUGGUUCCGUACUAUGUUUUGUCCUUUGAGUUAGUUCCAAACUUAGAAUGCCUUUUAUGCCAAGCAUAGUUUGCUUCGUGUUUAUGUUGUGCUUGUUCUGGAGUAGAGGAGCCGCAGGCUAGAGCUUGCCACUCAAGUAAAGCAUGAAACACAGAUAAUUGUGUGUGUGUGUGUGUGUGUGUGUGUGUGUGUGUGUGUGUGUGUGUGUGUGUGUGUGUGUGUGUGUGUGUGUGUGUGUGUGUGUGUGUGUGUGUGUGUGUGUGUGUGUGUGUGUGUGUGUGUGUGUGUGUGUGUGAGACGGAAAGAGUGGGACAUAUCAGAAUUCGCACACUCUGUGUCUGCAGCCCCUCUACUCAUAACACAGAGGCUUACAUACUGCCUAUAAAAAAAGCACUGUCUCAGGUGAUCUUCUCACUUGCCAAACGGUUGAAAAAGAAAAUGUUUUGUUUUAAUUGUACUGUUUGAAAUAGUGAAAGGAGGAUUUCUUUAAAAAAAAGUAUAUUACCAUAACAAGAGAGAAGAGACAUACACACAGAGCAGCAAGGCAGCUUUCCAAAAUGAACGACAUUCCCUUUUUGCCAUCGCUGCACUUGCCGACUUCAUUCACCAACUGUGUUAUUUUCCAGACCAGUGAAGCCUGAAAUGCUAGAAUUAUAUAUAAAAAAUUUUUUAAAGUAAGACAACAUGAUAUGAAAUGCUUCAAAUAAUGGGGCAGACACAAACCCAGCCUGGCUUAAAUGCUGGGGAAGAAUUGGACGUUGCUAAAGCUCCGCUCAAACUGGCCAGAACAAGUAGUGGUAGGUUGAAAUGAGUAAUACAUUGGUUUUCAAACUCAUUCAACACCUAGACCAGUAAUAGUGGAGAUUUGGCAUUGUCUUAAACAUGAGGCACUUUUUGAUAAGGAAAACAUUUAAAAAUUGCAUUGACAGUGAAGGUCUGUAAAAAGUUGGGCAUCCCACAUCAUGUCUUGAUGAGACAUUUAGUCAAGCAGUGUUUGUGUUGGACAUAAAUGCAUUAUUUUCAUCUUCUAAGACGUUUUUUGAAAGUUUACAGUUAUAAUUAGUUGACAAGUUUGUAUGUGUGUGUGUGCUCUGUUUAGAUCUAGCUAGCAACUAUAAGAAUAUUGCUUACAGUGACAGAAAAAACGACAAAUUAAAGUGAUCUUAUCUUAGUGGCCUUGACACAGAACUGACAUAAUUAUGAUGCUUCAUUAUCAAGUGUCGAUAUAAUUUACAACCUUACUCUUUUAGCUAUUUUAUUUUCUUUGUAUGUGUGAUUAGUCCUUUCAUGCUUUUCAAAGGGACAAAAAGGGAAGAAAAGAAAUCGUUUAAAAAUAUAUAUAUUUUUUAAUGACGAUCCCUGGACAAGCCUCUUUGUGUGUUUUUCUGAAUGCGUUUAGUGAUGACUGGGCUAGUUUAUGUACUUGGGCAUUGAUGGUUUGUUAUCCAGUCAGACAACCCCAUUUUCUACUCACCUUUCAGCUUCAGGGAACAGCUGUGGAUCAGCAACCCUCCCUUCCCACAGAGAACGAAUUAGCUUGCAAAUGGAAUAGACCGCUAAUUCUAAGAUAAAAUCACUUUUGUUUGUUUUGAUUUUUAUCUUGGGGAAUAUGUAUCAAGCUAAAGUACAAAUGAAUAAGCUUAAAUCUGUUUCAGGUUGGUCAAAUCUAUAGUCCAUUGUUCGGGCCUCAGUGUAGUCCAGUUUUUAAAAGCUAAAUUCCUGACUUUACUAAAGUGAGGAAUUAAAACAUUAGAAAUGGGAGAGUGCAUCUGAAAUGUUUUAGAAACAAAGUGCAAUAUUACUCAUUUGAAUUAGUUUCAUUCACUAUUUGUAUGUCUAAUUUCUCCUUUUGUCUUUUUAUAGUUUCUUAAUCACGAUCAUAUAUAGAUAUUGUAUGAAUGUCCUGAAUGAUUGUAACCUUCUGUCUAGUAUUUCUUUUGAGUUUAAUAAACUUUUGUUAAAAAUGUA